AUGAAUAAACCGUUUGACACCAUCUCAUGGAUAAUGAUUUUGCUGAUCAGUAUUCAAGUGUCGGCUUUCGCUAUAUUCCUGUUUGAAUGGUUGAGUCCAUCGGGUUAUGACAUGAGUCUCGUCCCACCAAAAGACCAUAAAUUCUCACUCUUCCGGACCUAUUGGUUGGUUUGGGCCAUACUUUUCGGGGCCGCCGUUCACGUGGACUGUCCUAAAGGAUAUACAGCCAGAUUUAUGGCCAACACUUGGGCCACAUUUGCGGUCGUCUUUCUGGCCAUAUAUACGGCUAAUUUGGCGGCGUUUAUGAUAACACGCGAAGAAUACCACGAUUUCAGUGGUCUGGAGGACCGGAAGCUGCAGAACCCGCGCAAUCACGACCCGCCCCUCAGGUUCGGUACACUCCCGUACGGGAACACCGAAGCGGUGCUGAAGCGAAACAAGCCUAAUAUGCACGCAUAUAUGGCACCAUUCAAUAAGUCGUCGGUAAUCAAUGGUGUGGCCGCUGUCAAGAGGGGAGAACUGGACGCUUUCAUCUACGAUGCCGUGCCAUUGGAUUAUUUAGUCGGCGAUGACAGUGAUUGUGGACUGUUAACAGUCGGCAGUUGGUAUGCGAUGACCGGCUAUGGCUUCUCAAUGCCUAAGAACUCCAAAUAUCUCGAGAGGUUCAACAAGAAAAUGAUUGAAUACAGAGAGUCAGUUCGUGUAAUAUAUUUAAUUAGUAUAGAUUUCGAUGAGAGAUAUAUUCAGUUGGGUAUAGAAUUUGAUUGA